UUACCGGCGUCUCCUUUCCACUCUACCAAGACAUACACGACAUUCACAAUCGCCAAAAAGAAAAGAAAAUAAAAAAGAAGUUUUCUUUUUAUUGAUGUUUUGAGAGAGGGAAAUCGAGCUUGAAGAUAUACGAGUAGAUUUUGUUUGUUAUAAUGGAAGAGGAAGGAAAGCAGCAGAGGAAGGAGGGAACAACAAUGGAGGCUGGUCUUUUAGAUAGCAUAAUAAGUCGUUUGUUAGAAUUGAGGCAAACGAGGUUGGCCAAACAACCGCAGGUUCAGCUUAGCGAAAAUGAGAUCCGUCAACUCUGUGCUGUUGCCAAAGAAAUCUUUCUUCAACAACCCAAUCUUCUCGAGCUCGAAGCCCCCAUUAAGAUCUGUGGUGACAUUCAUGGGCAAUAUUCAGAUCUUUUGAGACUUUUUGAAUAUGGAGGUUUUCCUCCUAGUGCCAAUUAUUUAUUCUUAGGUGAUUACGUGGACCGUGGGAAGCAGAGUUUGGAAACAAUAUGCCUUUUGCUUGCCUACAAAAUCAAGUAUCCUGAGAACUUCUUCCUUUUAAGAGGAAACCAUGAGUCUGCUUCGAUUAAUCGAAUUUAUGGAUUCUAUGAUGAAUGUAAACGACGGUUUAAUGUGAAACUUUGGAAGACAUUUACAGAUUGUUUUAACUGUCUUCCUGUUGCUGCUCUUAUAGAUGACAAAAUAUUGUGCAUGCACGGUGGGCUUUCCCCUGAAUUAACAAAUUUGGAUCAAAUUAGGAACUUGCCUCGUCCAACUGAUGUUCCAGAUUCUGGUUUGCUUUGCGAUUUACUUUGGUCUGAUCCUGACAGGGAUAUCAAAGGCUGGGGAAUGAAUGACCGGGGGGUCUCAUAUACAUUUGGUCCUGAUAAGGUUGCAGAAUUCUUAAUGAGGAAUGAUAUGGACCUUGUUUGUCGUGCCCAUCAGGUCGUUGAGGAUGGAUAUGAAUUCUUUGCAGAGAGGCAGCUUGUAACAAUAUUUUCAGCUCCCAACUAUUGCGGUGAAUUUGAUAAUGCUGGUGCAAUGAUGAGUGUUGAUGAAACCCUAAUGUGCUCUUUCCAAAUACUUAAGCCUGCAGACAAAAGAACUUAUUUUCAAGUGUGUUACAAGGAGAAUCAUUUGGGUAUGAAAAUGUUGCCGUCAAAGCUGCUUCAACUUUGAGCUGCAGCCAACAAGCUGUUACAAUGUUUCUCGUGUUGAGGGUACGGGGUUAUUUGUUGAAAAUGCUAUGUUUGCAGGAGCUUUCCAAAUUCCAAAGUUUGGAGCUAACUGUUGUUUUAUAGCAAUGGCAAAGGCCAGAAGUUUUUCCUUUUCGUGUUCUAGCGUAAAUUAUGAUGCCCGUGUAUAUACAUUUUAUCUGUAAAUGACUGCACUGAUACAGCAGUGCACGAUUGCCUGCCUUUUACCAGAAUUUUUCUGAUGGUGAGUUCCCAAAUGACUGUUGCAAACUAGUGCACUAGGGUUCUGGCCUCUGAUUUUCUCGGGCUUUUUUGGGGCUCAAGCAUCAGAUGAAGUUUGUGAAUUGACUUGAGCUGCCAGCAUCAAUUUGUUGGAAUGUUCGAAAGAAGCCUGAACGGAUAAAUUAUCGGUUGGCAUGUAAGUUCUUUCUUGUUUUACUAUACUCGCUUUGAGCUUGGUGCCGCCAAGAAUCAGUCUAAAUUCCAUCAGAAAGAGUACUGUUACUUUUUUCUUUUAACACAACUUGAUGGUCACAGAACAUGUGAAGAAUAAAGUGUAGCUCGCUCGUCUUGUUAUGCUUGCAAGGAUUGUUUAUUUAUCCAACUUUAUGCGAGUUUGGUUUGCUAUAA